AGGAAAAUAAUGGACUCGAGUUUCGAGUGUACUCCUGCUCUGUCAGACACUUCAAAUAACACUGUCAGUUCCCCAAAUGCGGCUUCUGUCACAGAUACUGACAGAGUAAUAAACACAAAACAUGAUAGUGUCCAUGUAGAAGGAGAAAAGAGCGACGAGCAGCUGCUGCAGGGUCUCCUCACUGACACUUACUGUCACGUCUGUUCCUCCAAGCUGCUGUUCGAGUCCCACAGACUGUCCCACUAUGAGGGAAAGAAGCAUGCACAGAAGGUCAAAGUGUACCUAAAAACAUUAAGAGGAGAGAAGAAUGCAGAGGUCAAGCGGACAUUGCAAACUAAUAAAAACCGUUUCUGUGAGCUGUGUAACAUGGUGUUUAGUUCGGAUGUGGUGGCAAAGUCCCACUAUGAAGGCAAAACUCAUGCAAAAACUCUACGUAAACACACUCUCCACCCUCCAGACCAAAAAUCUGAAGAGCUUCCUUCGCCAAAUCCUGCGGGUAAGAUUGAGCAGAAAGCAGCCUCAGAUGUUGGCACGGAGCUUCACCUGGACCCAACAGCUGCCACAGGCAGCACAAACUCCAGCCUGAAAGACCCUGACAGGUACUGCUCGCUUUGUGCUGCGUCCUUCAACAACCCUCAGAUGGCCCUGCAGCACUACAACGGACGGAAACACCAGAGAAAUGUGGCAAGGCAGGAGCUUCUCAAAGAGCUGGGAGGCGAUGGCCAACAAGCCAACUCCCUGAUGUGUCAGAUAUGUGGCGUGCCGUUCGACUCUGUGGAGAUGUACCAGGCUCACAUGCAGGGAAACAGACACCUGACCAGGGAGAAGAAGAUUAGCGAACUAUUUAAAUCCCAACCAAAAGUCUACAACACAUUUGCAGAUGAACUUGCAGAUUACAUUCAGGUCCAGAAAGCCCGGGGAAUCACUCCUAAGACCAGUCAAGGCCUUGCUCAAGGUGAUGCAGCAAAGGGGGACCAGGAGGAAGAAGCCCAGGAGGAGUCGGAGAACUGGGAAAUGGCCGGAACGAUCCCUAACCCUCCUCAUCCCCCUCAGUCUGGAACGUGGCAUCCUGUUUAUCCAGGAUCCUCCUGUACUCUCCAUAAUUCUGGAUAUAACGGUCCUCCUCCACUUCUCCAGUGCUCGGAUCCUUCACAGUUCAUCAUUGGUCCCACAGAGAGUGGGCAGUACAGAAGACAUUUAAGCUCCCCUUCAUGCAGCAUGUCAUCCUCCUCCUCAUCUUCCUCCUAUAGCUCUCACACAAGUGACAGCGAUGGUGGUGAACAUGAGCUCAAAGACAGGAGGACGAGCACAUCAACGAGGAAGAACGGAUACAUGAAAAGAAAAAAUGAAGGGUCAGACAAAGAGGGGAGGAGGCUGAAGCGCCAGAGGAGAGGAGGAGAGAGGAGGAGGAGGAAGAGGAGGAGAAAAGAGCAGGCUGUAGAAUCAGAGGAUGAGGGGAGAAGAAAAAAACAAAGAAUUUCUAGUGAUAAAAAACCAAAAGACAAAAAGCAGCAGAGCAGUGUCAUGGAGGAAGAAAAAGAUCCUCAUUUACAAACUACUGAACACGACAAACAAGCCAAACUCAAAUACGGAAAAGAGAAGAAGAAAACAAAAGACAAACCGGAUAGAAGGACAGAGGAGGAGAAGCUCUGGGACGACUCCAUUCUGGGUUGUUGAAUUGGCAAGAACUGAUUCUGCCGAAAUGUUGAUGAAUGUCAAUCAUUAAUUUAUAAAACGUUUGUAAUUUUUGUAAAUUUAACUUUGACAGCUCAUUGGACACUCUCGGUGUUGGCUAAAGCAAAUAAAUCUUGUAUUUUUUUUAAGUUUUUUGUGAAACUAUCCUGAAGUCAUGUGGACACAAAACGAAAACCUUCCUGAUCAAAUGUUUCCCCUUCUUUCAAAAUGGUAUGUAAUUCCUUUGUCUGUCUGGUGGUGGCGCAGUUAGAGCUCAAGAAGCCGCUUGGAUGAGCAGCAAAGCCUCUUAGAUCAUCCGUCAUAGUCCAGCUGCUGUGAAGAACAGAGUCCUGUGAGAACAUGAGCUGAGCAGACACGGGGCAAACCUGAGUCCACUUCAAAAGCCCUUUAUGAAAAUCCUUGACGUUUCUCUUUGAAGGGAUCUCAAAUGUGGGGCAUCUUUUUGCUGCUCUUCUUCGGCUUUGUGCGCGCCGAUGUGGGGUUGGGAUGUAUUGCAGAUCCUAACAUCACAUGAGGAGUUUUAGGUCAGACAGGUGCAAGAGUUCAAACGAGGACAGCUCUUUACAAAUGUCAAGAUUCAUCUAUAGAAACAGUUUACAGCUAUUCUUGGAGCAGCAAACUGAAAAUGCAAUGAAAGGUUUUAUAAAAGUCAAAACUGCUCCAGUCUAGUCUAGUAGUUGUACAAAACACACCAAGAUUCAAAAGCUUUUUUUUCUCUUUUCAAAUUGGGUAAAACUACAAAGCUGCAGCUCACGACUUCAAAUUUGAGACCAACAAAGGCCUCGCCGCUCUGCCAUGUGUGAGGAGCCUCUCUGAAGCCCCCUGAGAUCUCCUGUUUUCAAAGACUCCUGUGGUCUCGCUCCUCUCGCGCGGAUCUGCGACCCCCGUACAGCGUUCAGCUGCCCACAUCCUUUAAAACUCCUGCGAGACCUCUCUAAGCCUUACCUACAUACAGUUACUUUGAGGCUCAGUUGAGCAAACGUUCCUCUUUUAUUUUGUAGUAACCGUGUCAAAUUUGACAUUUGAAAUGAUUUUGCUGUUGUUUUGUUUAUAAUAAGCAGCAAAAUAGCAGAAAGGUUCAUAGUGCCGUAAAAACAAAGUACUCUGAUAUUAAAUUUUAUCUAUUAAAAAAAUGUCAUCUGAGAAAAUUCUGUAGAUCAAAUGUUGACAGGAUUAGUUUCUUUAAUGAAGAACGAAGCACAAAUCCUUUGUCUUUCUGGGUGUUUUAUGGUUGCACUGUCAAUGCCGCAUCAGUAUUUCUUCAACAUUAAAAGAUUUAAGAUUUUUUUCUACCAUUUUUUUUAAAUAUAGGCCUAUAGUGACAUGAUAUUACAGCAGAAUACCUUGAACGUUACUUUAGAAAUGCUAAAAUAAAAGGUGUUUCUGCACAGACCUAUCAGAAAUAUCUGCUUGGCCAAAGAAAGGAUAAAUGAAAUGGCCAUUUUAAAUAUUUUCCCAUUUACUAAUAAUCUGCAGCCCAGGUUGUUUAUUUCUUUGUUUGGUUCUAGUGUUCUUUAAUUCAGCAUGUCUUUAGCUGCAGCUUGCAGUUGAAUUCACUUAAAACCUUGUGUUUGUUCUGCUUUUUCUAUUUAAAUUUAUUUCAAUGUUUACAUUUUUUUACAGUAAAACUUAGAUUUUGUUAAAGAAUGUUUUUACUUUUGGGCUUUCAGGGAGUUAUGGGUUUCCGUGGAAAAAUCCUGAUCAUUACAUAUUUUUUUAAAUAAAUGAAUACAUUUGCUC